AUGGCUUACACACUGGACCGAUCUGGCGUGCACUGCAGUCGCAUAGGCAGGCCAGCCGGAGCUGCGUCAUGGAUGUGGAUGAUAUCUGUGCAAAAUGCAGGAAACGGUGAGUCUUCACACAUUACGGUCUUGGCCCUUUCCAAGAACGUAAAAUCCCAUAUUUUACGCUUAUGACCAUGUUUUGAGGAAGACUUUAGAUGACAGUGCUUCAGACUCUGUCUCUCGAUUAUGCGUAGAUCGUGACGAUGACAUUAUGAAGUCAUUUUAAAACUUGGCGUGUUAGCAGUGCAAUCCUAAUUAUAUGAUUGGGUCAGAUCUUCUUUCGUAGCCGUACCUGCAGCGGACAAGCCCCAACAUAACCCCGAACCCUAACCCCUAACAGGUACGGCUACGAAAUAAGAUCUUGCGUCUGAUCGUUCUCUCUUUUUUAAAAGCUUCAUUCACUGCCACUGCUUGCGGGGAUAUAGGAGAAAUUGGUCGAAUUGCCGGUCGUGUGAUGCAACCAGAUCGUCUAGAUGUCCAUGCUAAUUAA